AUGGCACCCAAAGGUCUCGCAAUCUUGCUAGGAGCUGGUCCAGCAACCGGAGCAGGCAUCGCUCGCGUCCUUUCGCACCCAGCUCAAGGCAACAUGGCCGUCGCCCUCCUCGCUCGCCGCCCUGAAGCCUUGGACGAACUAAUCCAAUCUCUCCGCUCCUCCAACUCCGACGCCAUAGUCGAAGCCUUCCCCACCGAUACUCAACCCGAGAACUUACGAAAAGCAUUCCAAGAAAUUCGCUCUCAUAGCUCUUUCAAAGAUUUGAAAUUACGAGUUUCGAUUUUUUCGAUUAAAAAUAGUUCCAAGAAACCUUUUAUGCAGGAGACGUUUGAGGAGUUUAUGGCGCCGCUGGAAUCUUAUGUUGGUGGAGCCAUGGUCUUCUCCCAAGAAUCCAUCAAAUUGAUGUUCGAGCACCACGGCGAAAAGACUCUUGCUGAAGGAGCCGAGAAGAAGGGAACGCUCAUUUUUACUGGAACGCUUGGUGCUUUGAGAUGUAAUGCCGAAUUCGCGAGCUAUGGAGCUUCGAGGUCAAGUGUGAGACAGCUUGCUCAGGCUUUGGCGAGGGAGAUGAGUCCCAAGGGGAUUCAUGUCGCACAUGCGAUUGCGAAUGGAAGGAUUGUGGAUGCGGAUUCUGAGGAUACGAGGACAGGCAAACAUAUUGCGGCCGAAGCUGUUGGGCAGACAUAUUUGUACCUGCACAAUCAGCAUCCCACGCUUUGGACCCACGAGCUUGACCUUCGACCCGCACAGGAGAAGUUCUAA